GACUAUAGUUAAAAGAUUUACUAUUUUUUUAGUUUAAAUUAGAUCUAGAGUAGAGACUAGACUAGAUGUAGAUCUGGAGGACGCUACACUUCAAGUUCACUCGCUGGACUUCAGCCUCAUACUCAUGAGCCUGAACUGAAGUUCAGUUCUGGUUGAGGAGACUCUUCUUCGGGGAGUAAUAAAGACAUAAAAUACUUUGUCUUCCCUUGCCUACCAAAACAAGGACAGGUGCCUCUCUCGAGUUACAAUCCCAGUCAAGAAUUGGAUUUGAGCUUAAGAAUAUUUGGGCUAUCUCUGACUCCACUCUAUUGGUACAAAUUGGGGAAGCAAAAGUUGUUCACCAUGGACGGUUGGUCUUAAGGUCACCACACAGAAUCCCAUUAACAAUUAGCCAUAGAAACUGUUAAUUUUGAAAUAUGGAGGAAACAACAAAUGGCUGUGUUGAGAAAGUAAUUAUGGACACUAAUAUUCAACAGAAUGGAUUAUCUAAACCAAAGCAGAAGAGUGUUUUGGAAAAUUUAAAGGAUUCUCACUAUAGAAACAAAGUGCUUCAUUCAGUCUGGAUAGCUAUAUCAUUGUUUUCUUUGGGACUUUGUAUUGGACAAAUGGGACCAAGUUUUCUGGAUCUCCAAAUUGUGACUAAUACUGAUGUUGAAGAAGCAUCUGCAUUUUUCACAGGUAGCUCAAUUGGUUAUUUGACUGGUUCGAUCUUAAGUGGAGCUUUAUACACUAGAGUCAACAGACCGCUAUCACAGUGUUCUACUUUAGUCAUUCUUAGCAUCACCACAAUACUAACUCCCUUUUGUAGUGUGUACCCUCUCAUGAUUUUUAUUCGUUGGAUUGUUGGAACAUGUGCUGGAUUUAUUGAUACAACUGGAAUUGCUGAACAUAUGCGCAUCUGGGGCAAUGAAGGUCAAGCAUUAAUGCAGCUCUUACAUUUUUCUCUAGCCUUCGGAGGAGUAAUAUCUCCAUUGUACUCUGAGCCAUUUCUUGCAGCAAAGAUUGAGGAAAGUGACAUCUUGCAAAAUAUAACAAGAUGGGAUAAUUUAUCAGUGUACAUAAAUCACAGUAACCUGACCUCAGUCAACUCUACAAUAGAUAUAGAUUUAAAGGAGAAACUUCCCCAGACCACAAAUGUACAUUGGGCCUUUUUAAUUUCAGGAGUCUGGACAUUUUUUUCAGCCAUUCCAUUCAUUGCUUUUUUCUUUCAAGAUCUAAAAAAGAAAAAGAAAAGCAAGAUUAGUAGCAAACCUAAACAAGUCAAACAGCGAAUGUUGCCAAAAAUAACUUUAUUGUUUACAAUUUUUGUUGUCUGUUCCUUCUAUAUGUUAUAUUGCUGUGUCGAGGAUUCAUUUGCAUCAUUUCUCAUGACAUUUUUAGUUAAAGAAUAUAGCUAUGUGAGUAAAUCAAAGGGGGCAUUUAUAACAGCUAUCUACUGGGCAUCAUUUGCUGCUGCUAGAUUUUCAAUGAUAUUUAUAUCCAAAUUUUUGAAAGCCUUUCAUUUGUUGUGUCUAUGUUGCUUAUUCAUGCUGAUAGCUUAUUCUAGUUUUUUUGUAAGUGCUUCUUUUGCAGUGGUUAACCCCUCUGCUCUGAAUGCAUUAAUUUUUUUUGCUGUGUUGGCAGGUAUAAGUAUGUCAGCUAUAUUUGCCGCUGGUUUUUCAUGGACAGAGGCUGAGUUACUCAGAGUUACUGGUCCUAUUUCUUCGUGUAUUCUUGUAUCUGCUUCUUUGGGAACUAUGAUCAAUCCGCUAAUGUUAGGUUUUCUAAUGAAAGAACUAAGCAACAUGUGGUUCUGUUACCUUCUUUUAGGGGAAACAGUGUUGCUUUGUUGUAUUUUUGUUUUUCUCUGGAGUUUCAAUCGGUUCUUUUUGAAUUUGCACUAUGGUCCAUUGACAGAUCAAAAAACAUCGCUAACUAUAGAAUUAUCAGAUCAAAUUCAUCCUUUGAACACACUAGAAAGUAAUGAUGAUAAUCUAAGAAUCUGAGAAUCAAAUAUUCGUUAAAAUUCUUGAGAGCUUUUUUAAAAAAAACAAAUUUAAAAAUUGAAGUACAUGUGUCAUAAAUAUUUCUAUCAUAUAGAUUAAUUUAUUAGUGUUUUAAAUUUUUGUUUUCAAAAUGAAUGUUGUUUCUGUAAUAAUUUUGUUUUUGUUUAUACUUAAUCAUUUUAGUUGUUGUACUCUUAUUCAUCUAACUUAAAAAGUUAUUGUAAAACAGAAAUAAACUUUUUUUCAUGAUUUUAAAAUUUAAAAAAAUGCUGAACAGAUUUUAUACUUCUUACUCCUAUCAUACUUGAGAUCUUUAUAAUGAAGCAAAUCAUUCCUAAAUUUCAUUCAUGACUCUCCAGGUUCUGAUCUUCUUAUCUGUAUAGCUUCAUCUAAAGACCAGUUAAAAAAAUUUGUUUGGAAAAGCCUCAUGUCAUGAUGUUUUUUGAUAAUGGUAGAUUUGGGUCAGUUAGACCUAACUAUUUGGUGAAUCAAGUCUGUAUUAAUUAUGUAUGCUAGCCUCUGUUGUUCCAACUUGUCAAUGUUCGCAUUAUUUUUUCAUCCUUCAACUCUUAAAACAAUUAGAUGAGUUGUCUGGUGAAUUUUUUUAAAACUAACUCAAUGAGGGUCAGUCUUAUUGUUUUAAAUUUAUGUAAAAGUAUUUGUACUAAAACCUACAUUUAUAUCAAUAUUUGUCUUUGCAUUGUCAGAGUUACAUUUUGGCUGGUGCUAUUCCAUAUAACUUUGUUAAAUGUCUAAUUGAACAAAAUUUUAAAACACUCCUUUUUCAGACAUAAAUAAUCCAUGUUUUAAUAUCACUGAAUUGCCAACAUUUAUUUUUGUUUCUUUAGUUAAAGACCAUAUCUAGUCAUUCAUAUUUUUUGUUGUUUCUAUUCACAGAAACCUAAAUACUUAAAAUGUUGAAUAUUUACAAUUUCCUGUAGACUACUAAGUAUGUCUUCAUUAAUGUACAACACUGAAUAUUAUUGUAUACAUCAGUUUAAAUAAAGAACUGUUUUUGUUUUUUUAGCACGAAUAAUAGUUUAAUUUAAACUUAAAAUCUUUUUCUUCAUUUGUAAUUUAUGUUCAGAGAAUCUUUCUACUGACUUACCGUAGUACUAUUAGUACUUACAAUGUUAAAAUGAAAUGAAUAGCCCUAUUAUUGCAUUGCCUGAUGCUACUUUAAAUUAUAAUUUUACUAUUUUGGAAGUUUACAUUUAGGAACAUUUUUGCUUUAGGAGCUAUGCUAGCAUUAAGGUAUUGUUUGGCUGGCUCAGGCAACCCAUUCCAUGCUCUAAUUUAAAUUAGACAGUCCCUUUACUUACUGGGAUAUAUGUUUGUGCUGUUAAUUGGUCCAAACAAUUGCCCACUUAGUAUUAUUACUAUAUAACAGAAACAAUCUAGACACAAAUGCAAACACACACACACACAACCAUCAGCUUCUUGGCGAUGAUGAAUGAGCUUGAACCACCUUGACUGACAAUGUUUUAAUUUUCUUCUUGGCUAGAAUCAUGUUUUCAUAAAACUGGAUAUAAAAAGUGACAGUUGUGUAUGUCUAUUGUAUGUUUCUAUAAAGUUUUUAAUUCCCAUUAUUUCCUGCAAUGUUUUAGGGUUGGUCAGGUGUUGUGAUGUGCAUUACAUUGAUAAUCUAUUUCAAUUUCCUCAUUUGUGAUGCAGUCUUUGUAGGUGAUAGCUAGCAUCCUUCUAUAGCUUCUCAAUUCCAUUGUUAAGAUCCACCUAUAAGGGAAUAAGGGAAAUAAAUGCUUCUUAUUGAGAGAUGUGACUAUAUAUGGAGUUUUUCUGCCACUUAUUCCAUUUUCUCCCACUUCCUAUUCUCAGAAUCAAGUUAAAAUUUUGCACAAUUAUUCAUUGCUAAUGACAUUACCUGAAUCAAUAAAAAAAAAAUAACCAAUUAGUUAUUAAUUAUUGGCAAUUAAUUUAUUUUGUUUUCUAUAUAAAAAGGGAGCUUAUUCCUGCACUAGUGAAAUAUAUGGUUGUGAGACUGAGGUUCUUCCUCUUAGAUAAGCUUUAUUUAAAAAAAUUGUUUCUGUUUUAUUUGUGAGAGUGAAUUGUUCAUGAAAGUACCUAUGGAUUGAACAAUAUUUUCUAUUAUCCCAUUGAAAAUGUAUUAAGAAGUUUGACAUCAUUUUGUAUGUAAAGCUGUUUGAACUUCUGGAGCAAAAUAAACUCAUCACUUGAAACCCGAA